AUGGUCUGCUGGGCCCUCACUGUCUCUGCGAGCUCCUGGAAACACUGCUCAGCUAAGCUUUGGCGUCUCUGUGGCGACUCUGAAGGAGAGCACCUGCGCCUCCGCAGGGAAGGAGAGUGGUACCUCUGUGGUGACCGCCUGCCUCCUGGGAAAUGCCCUCUUGAGCGGUGCCACCUAGGCGGCGACCAUCUCGCCUCCACAGAGGAGCGCCUAUGCCUCUGCACCAGUGGAAUCGUGGUCAGUGCCGAGCUGUUGCAGUCGACGCCGAGGAGGAGUGCGCUCGGUGCCGAGCAGUCGGUGCCAAGGAAGAGCGCGGUCGGUGCCGAGUUAAUUGGCGCUGAGAUUGUUGUGUUUGAGAUAUUCACCCAGUUGAAGAGCCACCACUCAUUCCAGCACUUUAGCCAGGAAUGGCAGGUUGGAGAUGGGCUUAUAGUUUUCAAGGCUCUCAGGAUCCAGCUGGGGCUUUUUAAGCAGAGGAGUGAUGAAGGGGAUCUUGAAAGCCUGUUAGAGAUUACUGGCCAAAUGACUGGCAAGCACUCAUGGAGCAGUUUAGUAGGCCAUGGAUCAAGCACACAGGUGGUUGGCUUCAUGAGACAGAGGUCGCAGGCUAAGUCAGCGGCUAAGCAGCAGCCCUACGAAUUUGCUGCCACAGUCCCAGGGCCCCUUCUCAGUCAACCAUCUGGACUAUUGGCAUCAGUGCACUACAGACAUCUGGUUGCUUACUACCGUUCAGACCGGCUAUUUGCUGCAGUUCAAGCACGGUCCCCUCCCUUUCGAGGCAUGACUGCAACAGUCACAGAUCCACAGGAUAUCACUGUGGUGUCUCAGGAUGUAACAGCUCUGCUACAAAAACAAGGUAUUUUGCAUGAUAGAUCCCCUCCAGUUGGAGGAAGGAUUCUAUUCCAGGUACUACCUAGUGGCCAAGCAGGAUGGUGGCCUCAGACUAAUCCUCGACCUCAGACAGUAUUUGAGCCAAAGGAGGUUCAGAAUGUUGAUAAUGCAAUAGGAAAUGCAAGUGUCAAUCAGGCCAGCCGACUGGUUCACCAUGAUGGACCCAAAAAAGCCUAUUUCCACAUCCCCAUAAAACCAGCGCACAGAAAGUACAUGAGAUUGGCCUUUCAGGGAACGGCAUAUAAGUUCUGUGUCUUGCCAUUUCUGGGCAGUGUCACCAGAAGGGAGGUCGUCAUCACAGACGUAUCCAGUCUGGGCUGGGGCACUGUGUGGAAUGGCCAGGAUGUGCAUGGUCAGGCUUGUGGAGGUUUGGUACAAGGUCUUAAUGGUACGAUAGAAAGCCCAGGUUUUCCUCAUGGUUAUCCAAACUAUGCCAAUUGCACCUGGAUCAUAGUCACAGGAGAGCGCAACAGGAUACAGCUAUCAUUUCAUACCUUUGCCCUUGAGGAUGAUUUUGAUAUAGUUGCAAUCUAUGAUGGACAGCCGCAGCAAGGCAACUUGAAAAUGAGGUUGUCUGGCUUUGAUUUGCCAUCACCUAUUGUAAGCACAGGCUCAAUUCUUGCACUUUGGUUUACUACUGACUUUGCAGUGAGUGCCCAAGGAUUUAAAGCUAUCUAUGAAGUACUACCAAGUCAUACCUGUGGUAAUCCAGGAGUAAUUCCAAAAGGUGUUGUCCAUGGAACACGAUUCAAUAUUGGAGACAAGAUUCGCUACAGCUGUGUGACAGGUUAUGUCUUGGAAGGUCAUGCAGUGCUGACAUGUAUUGUGAGUCCAGGGAGUGGAGCAUCUUGGGACUUUCCAGCUCCAUUCUGCAGAGCUGAAGGAGCUUGUGGUGGAACAUUAAGAGGUACAACUGGAACAAUAUCGAGUCCGCACUUCCCAUCUGAGUAUGAGAAUAAUGCUGACUGCACAUGGAGCAUACUUGCAGAACCUGGGGAUACCAUUGCCUUGGUCUUUACAGAUUUCCAGCUUGAAGAUGGAUAUGAUUUUCUUGAGAUCAGUGGAACUGAGGCCCCAUCAAUAUGGCUGACUGGCAUGAAUCUGCCCUCCCCUGUAAUCAGUAGCAAGAAUUGGCUUCGGCUGCAUUUUACAUCUGACAGCAACCACCGACGGAAAGGAUUUAAUGCCCAAUACCAAGUGAAAAAAGCAAUUGAACUGAAGUCCAGAGGUGUCAAGAUGCUCCCAAGUAAAGACACCAACCACAAAAAUACUGUCUUGAGUCAAGGUGGCAUAGCAGUGGCUGCUGAUAUUUGUCCCGACCCGGGGGUCCCUGAGAAUGGGAAGAGGAUAGGUUCUGAUUUCCAGGUUGGUGCCAGUAUCCAGUUCUCAUGUGAUGACAGCUAUGUACUCCAGGGUUCAAAGAGCAUCACUUGCCAGAAAGUGACGGACACUUUGGCUGCAUGGAGUGACCACAGGCCAAUCUGUCGUGCAAGAACAUGUGGGUCCAAUUUAAGAGGGCCAAAGGGUAUCAUCACAUCUCCAAAUUACCCAGUCCAGUAUGAGAAUAAUGCACAUUGUGUAUGGGUUAUUACUGCAGCUGCUUCAGACAAGGUCAUCAAGCUUGCUUUUGAAGAGUUUGAUCUUGAAAGAGGCUAUGAUACAGUAACUGUGGGAGAUGGUGGGAAGAUUGGUGAUGCAAGAACAGUGUUGUAUGUUCUCACAGGUUCCAGUGUUCCUGACCUGAUUGUGAGUAUGAGCAAUCAGAUGUGGCUUCAUCUUCAGUCUGAUGACAGUAUUGGAUCUCAGGGUUUUAAGGCAGUCUAUGAAGAAAUUGACAGAGGAGGGUGCGGAGAUCCUGGAAUACCAGCCUAUGGUAAACGUGCUGGCAGCAGUUUUUUACAUCGAGACACGCUGACAUUUGAGUGUCAGGCAGCUUUUGAAUUGGUUGGAGAAAGGACAAUCUCUUGUCAGCAAAAUAACCAGUGGUCUGGAAACAAACCCAGCUGUGUCUUCUCCUGCUUUUUCAAUUUCACGGCUCCAUCAGGAAUCAUCCUGUCUCCCAACUACCCAGAGGAAUAUGGAAACAACAUGAACUGCGUGUGGCUGAUUAUUGCUGAACCAGGAAAUAGAAUCCAUCUCCUCUUCAGCGAUUUUGAAGUGGAGCCCCAGUUUGACUACCUAACAGUAAAGGAUGACGGGACAGCUGAAGCAACAACAUUUGGAACUUUCUCUGGCAAAGAUGUCCCUUCUCAAAUUGCCAGCAACGGACACAUAGUGCGACUGGAGUUUCAGUCUGAUCACUCCAACACAGGAAGAGGAUUUAACAUAACAUACACAACAUUUGGGCAGAAUGAAUGCCAUGACCCUGGAAUACCCAUCAAUGGGCAGCGAUUUGGUGACCGGUUCCUGCUGGACAGUUCAGUUUCUUUUCAUUGUGACGAGGGCUUCAUAAAAACCCAAGGAUCUGAAACAAUUACGUGUGUGAUGCAGGACGGAAGUGUGGUCUGGAAUGCAGCAGUGCCCAGGUGUGAAGCCCCCUGUGGUGGUCGCUUAACUGCAUCGAAUGGAAUGAUCCUGUCUCCUGGCUGGCCAGGAUCUUAUAAGGACUCGUUGAACUGUGAAUGGGUGAUUGAAUCAAGACAAGAUCAUGCCAUCAAAAUAUCAUUUGACAGGUUUCAGACUGAAGUUAAUUAUGAUACAUUAGAAAUACGAGAUGGACCUGCUAACUCAUCACCAUUAAUUGGAGAAUACCAUGGUACUCAGGCUCCCCACUUCCUUAUCAGCACCAGCAAUUACAUGUAUCUUCUGUUCACCACUGACAACAGUCGGUCCAGCGUGGGCUUCCAAAUUCGUUACGAGAGUGUCAUGUUGGAGUUGGAUUCCUGUCUAGAUCCUGGUAUCCCUGUAAAUGGAAAACGACAUAGGAACAACUUUGCAGUUGGUUCCAGAGUGUCAUUUAGUUGUGACCAAGGAUAUACGCUAAGUGAUGACGAGCCAAUUGUUUGUGAAAGGAACCAUCAGUGGAACCACGCGUUGCCCAGUUGUGACGCUUUAUGUGGUGGAUACAUGCGUGCUAAAAGUGGAACAGUGCUCUCUCCUGGGUUUCCUGAUUAUUACCCAAACUCGCUAAACUGUACUUGGACCAUAGAAGUGUCUCAUGGAAAAGGAGUACAGAUGUUUUUUCACACCUUCCAUCUUGAGGAUUCUCAUGAUUAUUUACUUAUCGCAGAGGAUGGAAUCUUUACUGAGCCUGUUGCACGGCUUACUGGAUCUGUUUUGCCACCAUCCACCAAAGCAGGCCUCUUUGGAAAUUUUAGUGCACAACUGCGGUUUAUUUCUGACUUCUCUAUGUCUUAUGAAGGAUUUAACAUAACAUUUUCAGAAUAUGAUCUGGAGCCCUGUGACGAUCCAGGAGUCCCAGCUUUCAGUAGGAGAAUUGGCUUUCAGUUUGGAGUUGGAGAUUCUUUGAUUUUUUCUUGUCUCCCUGGAUACAGACUGGAAGGCAAUAACAGGAUCACUUGUUUAGGAGGGGGCCGGCGUGUUUGGAGUGCACCUCUGCCAAGGUGUGUGGCUGAAUGUGGAGCAUUUGCAGUUGGAAACGAAGGAAUACUGUUAUCUCCCAAUUACCCAUCCAACUAUGAAAAUAAUCAUGAGUGCAUCUACAAAAUUGAGACUGAAAAAGGGAAAGGAAUAAGUCUCAGUGCUAUAAACUUUCAGUUGCAGGAGGGGGACAACCUUAAGGUUCAUGAUGGCAAAGAUAGUUCAUCUCGACUACUUGGCCUUUUCACAAAGAAUGAGAUGCAUGGCGUGGUCAUGAACAGCACCUCCAACCACCUGUGGUUAGAAUUUAACACAAAUGCAACUGGAACUGAGAAAGGAUUCCAUUUAAAAUACAGCAGUUUUGACCUUGUGAAAUGUGAGGAACCAGGAAUCCCUACCUAUGGUUACAAGAUUCAAGAUGAUGGAUAUUUUGCUGAUACGUUUGUGUUGUACAGCUGUAACCCUGGAUACACAAUGCAUGGCAGCAGUACCUUGACCUGUCUAAGUGGAGAUCGACGAGUGUGGGACGAACCAAUACCUGCUUGUAUAGCUGAAUGUGGAGGCCACAUUACAGGAGCUACUUCUGGAAGAAUAUUGUCACCUGGUUACCCUGCGCCAUAUGACAAUAACCUGCAAUGUACCUGGUCCAUUGAAGCAGAUCCUGGUAAAACCAUAAGCCUUCAUUUUAUAGUCUUUGACACUGAAGUUGGCCAUGAUAUCCUUAAAGUGUGGGACGGUGCAAUAGAAAGUGACAUCCUACUGAAAGAAUGGAGUGGCUCAUCAUUACCUGAAGACACCCACAGCACGUUCAAUUCAUUAACUCUGCAGUUUGACACUGACUACUUCAUCAGCAAGUCUGGGUUCUCCAUUCAGUUCUCAACUACGACAGCUACAACAUGCAACGACCCAGGAACUCCACAGAAUGGCACUAGGUACGGUGACAGCCGAGAGCCUGGAGAUACUGUUACUGUUCAGUGUGAUCCAGGCUACCAAAUACAAGGAGUGGCAAAAAUCACCUGUGUGCAACUCAACAGCAGAUUCUUUUGGCAACCUGAUCCUCCAACUUGUAUUGCUACCUGUGGAGGAAAUGUGACAGGCCCAGCAGGCGUGAUUUUAUCACCUAACUACCCACAGCCUUAUCCUCCAGGGAAGGAAUGUGAUUGGAGAAUAAAAGUGAAUGCAGACUUUGUAAUCGCCUUGAUAUUCAAAAGUUUCAACAUGGAACCCAGUUAUGAUUUCUUACACAUUUAUGAAGGGGAAGAUUCCAACAGCCCUCUAAUUGGCAGUUUCCAAGGUUCUCAGGCACCUGAUAGGAUAGAAAGCAGUGGGAAUAGCCUUUUUCUGGCUUUCCGCAGUGAUGCUUCUCUGGGGAUGUCUGGAUUUGCAAUUGAAUACAAAGAGAAACCACGGGAAGCUUGCUUUGACCCUGGGAAUGUAAUGAAUGGUUCCCGCAUAGGAACUGAUUUUAAACUGGGUUCUACUGUUACCUACCACUGCGACUCCGGCUACAAGACUGUUGGCCCGGCUACCAUUACAUGUAUUAUUGGAGAUGAUGAGAAGCCAGUGUGGGACAGAGGACUGCCGUCUUGUAAUGCUCUCUGUGGAGGCCAAUACACUGGGUCAGGAGGGGUCGUUUUAUCUCCUAGUUAUCCACGUAAUUACACAGCUGAUCAGACAUGUAUAUACUCAAUUACUGUAUCCAAAGAAUUUGUUGUAUUUGGACAGUUCGCAUAUUUCCAAACAGCAGUGAACGAUGUGGUAGACCUAUUUGAUGGGGCAAACCAGAACGCCAGACUUCUUAGUUCCCUUGCAGGAUCACAUACAGGAGAGACUUUACCUUUAGCCACAUCUAAUCAAAUUCUGCUCAGGUUUCGUGCCAAAAGUGGUGCUUCUGCUAGAGGUUUCCACUUCAUUUACCAAGCUGUUCCCCGCACAAGUGAUACUCAGUGCAGCUCCAUACCAGAGCCCAGGUAUGGCAGGCGAAUUGGUUCAGAGUUCUCAGCAGGGUCCAUUGUUCGCUUUGAAUGCAAUCCUGGAUAUCUCCUGCAAGGUUCUAAAGCUAUUAAGUGCCAUGCUGUUCCAAAUGCACUAGCACAGUGGAAUGACACAAUACCUACUUGUAUAGUUCCUUGCAGUGGAAAUAUGACUGAAAGAAGAGGCACGAUUCUGUCCCCAGCGUACCCUGAGCCCUAUGGUAACAGUUUGAAUUGUGUGUGGAAAAUCACUGUAGCUGAGGGAGCAGGUAUACAGAUCCAGGUUAUCAGCUUUGCCACAGAGCACAACUGGGAUUCACUUGAAAUAUAUGAUGGUGGUGAUUUGACUGCACCAAAACUUGGUAGCUAUUCAGGUACCACUGCACCCGCUCUUCUCAACAGUACUUCUAAUCAACUGUAUCUGCAUUUCCACUCUGAUAUCAGUGUUGCUGCAGCAGGCUUUCAUCUGGAAUACAAAACUGUAGGGCUUACCACGUGCCCUGAACCAUUAGUCCCCAGCAAUGGUAUAAAGGUUGGAGACAGGUACUUGGUCAAUGAUGUGAUAUCAUUGAGUUGUGAACCAGGAUAUGUUUUACAGGGACACUCCCACAUAUCUUGUAUGCCAGGGACUGUUCGUCGCUGGAAUUACCCACCUCCUCUCUGCAUUGCUAGGUGUGGUGGAACACUGGUUGAAAUGAGUGAUGUCAUCCUAAGUCCUGGUUUUCCAGGAAACUACCCUAGUAAUCUUGACUGUACAUGGAAGAUCUUACUACCUGUUGGAUAUGGUGCACAUUUACAGUUCCUGAACUUCUCUUCAGAAGCCAAUCAUGAUUUUUUGGAAAUACACAAAGGACCACAUCAUACUAGUUCCUUAAUUGGCCAGUUUAGUGGUACAGAAAUCCCACCAUCCAUACUUAGCACAACACAUGAAACUGUGGUUCAUUUCUACAGUGAUCAUUCGGACAACAGGCAAGGAUUUAAACUGAAAUACCAAGCAUAUGAAUUGCAAAAUUGCCCAAAUCCUCACCCAUUUCCAAAUGGAUACAUCAUCAACAAUGAUUUUAAUGUGGGACAGUCAAUAUCCUUUGAGUGUUACCUGGGAUAUGUGCUUAUCGGACAUCCAGUUCUCACCUGUCAGCAUGGAAUCAACCGGAACUGGAAUUAUCCUUUUCCAAGAUGUGAAGCUCCUUGUGGUUAUAACAUAUCAGCUCAGAAUGGCACCAUUUAUUCACCUGGAUUUCCAAAUGAGUAUCCACACUCCAUGGAUUGUAUUUGGAAAAUUACUGUAUCUCAUGGUCAUGGGAUAUACAUCAACUUCACUUUGCUCCAAACUGAACCUGUCAAUGAUUACAUUGCUGUAUGGGAUGGUCCUGGUGAGAACUAUGCACAGCUUGGAGUGUUUAGUGGGAAUACAGCCCUUCAAUCAGCUUACAGCUCCUUCAGUCAGGUUCUUAUCAAGUUUCACAGUGACUUCUCAACGGGUGGAUUUUUUGUCCUCAAUUUUCACGCCUAUCGUCUGACUAAGUGCCAGCCCCCUCCAGUUGUUGCACAAUCGGAAAUAUUAAAAGAGGAUGAAGAUUAUGAAAUAGGAGAGGUUGUGCAGUACAAAUGCCCUCUGGGGUUUACUCUGGUGGGCAGUGAUCAGCUCACCUGUAAGCUUAAUACAUACCUACAGUUUGAAGGUACACUGCCUUCCUGUGAAGCUCAGUGUCCUGCAAGUGAAGUCCGUACUGAAUCCUCUGGUGUGAUCCUCAGUCCAGGGUAUCCAGGCCAGUAUCCAAACUCCCAGACCUGUUCGUGGAUGGUUAAAGUGGAGUUCGGCUAUAACAUCUCAAUUUAUGUGGAAAUGUUUACGAGUGAAAAACAGUUUGACGAACUGGAAAUAUUUGAUGGGCCUACAGGCCAAAGCCCUUUAUUGGUUGCUCUAAGUGGAAACCACACUGGACAGCUGAAUUUUACAAGCAAAACCAACGUGCUGUAUCUCCGGUGGUCAACCGAUCACGCAACAAACAAGAAAGGAUUCAAAAUACGAUACUCAGCCAUAUACAGAACUGCAUAUUGUAGCUUGAAAAUUCCAAGGAAUGGUGGAGUCUUUAACAAGACAGGUGGUCAGCUUGGCAGCAAGGUUUUCUAUUCCUGUAACCCCGGAUACAGGAUGAUUGGUCACAGUAAUGCAACUUGCAAACGCCACCAAAAUGGAUUAUAUGAUUGGGAUUCUGCUGUCCCAUUCUGUCAAGCUAUAUCUUGUGGUAUUCCUGAACCACCAGGGAAUGGAACAUUCUAUAGCAAUCAAUACACUCUGGGCAGUAAAAUUCAGUAUCAGUGUAAUGAAGGCUACAGAUUGGAAAUAAGUAGUGCAGCCACAACAGUGUGCCAAGAAGAUGGUACAUGGACUAACAAAGGAAUACCACCACUGUGUAAACCUGUGCGAUGUCCUAAUAUUGCAACCAUGCUUUCUGAGCAUGUAGUCUGGCAUGUGAUUUCUGGUUCAUCGAAUGAAUAUGGAGCGCAGGUUUUGCUAAGCUGCAGUCCUGGUUAUUACUUGGAAGGAGGUAGAAUCAUGCUGUGCCUAGCUAAUGGGACAUGGAGAGGAAGUGAAGAAAAGCCAACUUGUAAAUUGAUGUCAUGUGGAGAGCUGUCUUCUCCACCAAAUGGUAACAGAAUUGGUACCCUAACCACAUACGGAGCAACAGCAAUCUUUACAUGUAACACCGGCUACACACUUACAGGAUUUCAUGUACGCGAAUGUCAAGCAAACGGAUUGUGGAGCGGAACAGAAACUAGAUGUCUAGCCGGCCACUGUGGUUCUCCUGACCCAAUCAUUAAUGGGCAUAUCAGUGGAGAUGGAUUCAGUUAUCGUGACACAGUGGUCUAUCAGUGCUACCUUGGCUUUAGACUUGUUGGUACUUCGGUAAGGAUUUGCCUACAGGACCACAAGUGGUCAGGGCAAGCUCCAGUUUGUGUUCCUAUAACAUGUGGUCACCCUGGCAACCCUACUCAUGGCAGAACAAAUGGAAGUGAGUUCAAUUUGAAUGACAUUGUUAACUUUACCUGCAAUACAGGGUAUAUUAUGCAAGGUCCAUCAAGAGCACAAUGUCGGGCAAGUGGACAAUGGAGCAACCCACUACCAACAUGUAGAGUGGUAAACUGUUCAGAUCCAGGGUUUGUGGAAAAUGCCAUUCGUCACAGGCAACCGAAUUACUCUGAAAGUUUCAACUAUAGAAUCAAUGUAAUAUAUCACUGUAAACGAGGAUUCUACCUGCUCGGCUCAUCUGUACUGACCUGUCAAGCAAAUGGCUUAUGGGAUAGAUCUCUUCCUAAGUGCCUUUCUAUCUCAUGUGGUAAUCCUGGUAAACCACCUAAUGCCAUUUUGACUGGGAACAAGUUCACCUAUGGAGCUGUGGUUUACUAUUCUUGCAGUGGAAUUAGAACUCUCAUUGGAAAUGCUACUCGUUUUUGUCAGGAGGAUGGCCACUGGAGUGGAUCACUUCCUGAAUGUUCAGGAGAAAGUCCUGGUGUCUGUGGUGACCCUGGUGUUCCAGCUCAUGGUUCAAGGCUUGGUGAUGAAUUCAGGACAAAACACCUCCUGAGAUUUUCCUGUGAAGCUGGGUACAUUUUAAGAGAAUCAGCAGAGCGAACAUGUCUUCCAAAUGGUUCCUGGAGUGGCACUCAGCCAGUUUGUGAAGCUGUAUCUUGUGGAAAUCCUGGCACCCCAAGUUACGGGAAGAUAGUGUUUAGUGACGGAAUACUGUUCUCCAGUUCAGUCACUUAUGCAUGCUGGGAAGGGUAUAAGACUUCAGGUCUCACUACUCGCCAUUGUACUACCAAUGGCACUUGGACUGGCAAUCCACCAGACUGCACAGUGAUCACCUGUGAGGAUCCAGGUGCAUUAGCCAAUGGCAUUCAAAUAGGAAAUGACUUUUCCUUUAACAAGACUGUCCACUAUCAGUGUCACCCAGGCUACAAAAUGGAACCAACUGUCUCUUCCACUUUGCUGUGCACCAAAGAUGGGUCUUGGAACCAGACUAAACCUGUUUGCAAAGCUAUCACCUGUAGACAGCCUCCCCUGGUGCUUCAAGGGAAAGUGGAAGGAUCAGACUAUCAGUGGGGAUCCAGUGUUAGUUACAGCUGUUUUGAGGGAUACCAGCUAUCUGUACCUGCCAUAAUUACCUGUGAGGGAAAUGGCAUAUGGAGAGGGGAGGUUCCGCAAUGUUUGCCUGUUUUAUGUGGUGACCCUGGGACACCAGCUGAGGGUCAUCUUGAUGGCCAAACCUUCACAUAUAGGUCUGAGGUGUCAUUUCACUGCAGAUCUCCAUAUAUCCUUGUAGGCUCAUCUAGAAGAGUGUGCCAAAAAGAUGGAACUUGGAGUGGAAUCCAACCUACAUGCAUUGAUCCAUCCUAUACCAUGUGUACUGACCCAGGCACGCCAAAUUAUGGCUUACAAAACAGAUCUCAAGGUUAUGAGGUUGGAAGCAGGGUGUUCUUUAAAUGUAGAAAAAGCUACCACAUAUUGGGGUCCACAACACGCACUUGCCUUGCAAAUUUAACCUGGAGUGGUGUGCAACCUGAAUGCAUAUCUCAUGCCUGCAGACAGCCAGAGAAUCCUAGUCAUGUUGAUGUGAAGGCUAUAGAUCUGCCUACUAUAGGCUAUACUCUAAUAUACACAUGUCAACCUGGCUUUUUUCUGGCUGGGGGAUCAGAACACCGGACUUGCAAAGCAGAUGGUAAAUGGUCAGGGAAGCCACCUAUAUGCAAAGUUCCUGCAGAUGUCUUUUCAGUAAACUCUGUCUGGAAAGGUUUCUAUGAAUAUCUUGAAAAAAGACAACCAGCAAUUAUAACCAUUAACUGGUUCAAUAUUUCAACCAGUACAGUGAAUGCAACAUUACUGGAGCACAGUGGUGUGCCGCUCAAACUUUCAGGGAUAUAUAAGAAAGAAGAGAACCAUUUACUUCUAAAGGUCUAUCAGAUCACAGGGCCCAUAGAAAUAUUUGUCAGUAAAUUUAAAAAUGAAAGCUGGGCUUUGGAUGGAUAUGUUUCAGCAGAAUCUGAAAGCGGUGGGUUUAUUUAUCAAGGCUCUAUUCAUGGAAAAGACUUUGGAAAAUUCCGAUUAUUGAGACAAGACCCAGUAACAGACACAGACCCUUCAAAUCCAUAUUAUGGCACCAACAGCAGUUCGGUAGCAGCUGCCAUUCUAGUGCCAUUCUUCGCACUUAUUCUAUCAGGGUUUGCGUUUUACCUCUAUAAACACAGGGUGUUUUCAGCAGACAGAGAUGAGAAUGUGAGACGCAAAGAAGUAAUCAGAACGGGCUGCAGAACAAGACCAAAAGUACAGUACAAUGGCUAUGUUGGGCAUGAGAACACAAAUGGACAAGCUUCAUUUGAAAAUCCAAUGUAUGACACAAAUUUGAAACCAACUGAGACAAAAGCUGUGAGAUUCGAUACAACUCUGAACACAGUCUGCACAGUAGUAUAGUUUUUGCUGUCAGUUUUGACUGAUUCAUAGCCAUACCUCUUGGGUAAGCAGCAUUAAUUUAGUCUCCUUUUUUACUCUUUACUUUGCUACUGUGCUAUUUGUAACACCUUUUGUCAGGAAAAACAAUAUCACAAAAUAUGGAUUCUCCAAGAGUCAUUUUUCAUCACACAAAGAAUGAGUUAAAGGAACAUGAAAGCAAAACUAGACAUUUCUUACAGAAGAAGAAGCACUUGAGGAUAUUUUGCCCGUAUCUCAUCCUGUCUGCCUCAGCCUUUUAUGUUGCUAUCUGGAAGGAAGCUUUUCAAUGAAAUCUCUUGGGAAGAUUUUUGAAGUUUCAUGAAAAGGCUCUUAAUUGUUCAGAAAAGAUACUUUCUUAAGUGGAGAAGAGCAAUGGUAAACUAGAAGUCAUCUUUCUACUUGGUUGCUCAUAACGUUCCAAAAUUGUUUCUAAUAAGACAACUGAAAAAAAAAAAU